GUUUGACAACGCGUAUAACCUUAAAUUAUUUAAAAAAAAAUAUCAAAACAAAAAGUAAAAAGCAAAAUAACAAAGAUGUAUUUUAUUUAUUUAUUAAGUAUACUAUCCUUAGUUUUACAAGUAAUUUUUAUGACAUUAGCAUUAGCGGCAGGAUUGUUCUACCUAGCAGAGCUAGUGGAGGAAUACACAGUUAUGGCUAAAUAUAUAAUAUCAUGGAUCGUUGUUGUGACCGCAGGUAUCCACAUUGGAUUAAUAAUAUUUGAAGAUAUUCCGUUCUAUUUGAACGCAAUAGGCCUGUUCCAGCAGCUGUUGUACGGAUUAUUGUUGAAAGACUUCCCAGUGGUCCGAGUGUCGAGUGUACCGUUUGUAACGGCCGUGCUGAAUCUAAUACUGCAUCAUUAUCUAGCCAUCAAAUAUUUUGGUGAAGUUUUCUACGCGUUUUCAGAGGUACUGGCAUAUUUUACUCUGUGCCUCUGGAUUGUGCCGUUCGCGCUGUUCGUCUCGCUGUCCGCGAACGACUACGUGCUGCCCACUACUGGGGAAAGGCAACACUUGUUAGAUGACGACAAUGUUGUCACAGAUUAUUUAUCACGGAAGGCGAAACGGUAUAGUCUAUUAUCGUUCUUUAGUUUCGCCAAAGAUUCGAUAUUACCACAGAGAAGUAAAAAAGCUUUUUAAAUAGACUGGCAUAGGGUUUAAUUAGUUCGGUUCAGUGGGACGAUUGCGUGAUGUUUUUAUAUAUUCAAGUGGUUUAAUCUAAGAAUACUCAGGUUCAGUUGGUGAAGGUCGUAAGUGUGUAUUUUAAAAAUUGAUUGUUCAUGAUGAGGGAAAAUAUGCUAUGAUAUUUUGAAUAUACGUACAGCCUAUUACAAUGGAAGUAGGAAAAAGGAUAAACAAACCUUAGAUUUACGUAUUUCAUGCGAUUUGCUAAUAACUCAGCUAUAUUG